AUGGAAGUGGCCGGCUUCUACGACGGGGAUUGCUUUGCUUUCCAGAGUAGAAACAGCAUUAUCAGUCCCAUUAGCGACAACAGCACUUGCAAGCAGCGCGUUGACGGCUCGAUGACGGAGCUUGGCAUAGCCGAGCACGAGAAAGCAAUUGAUUUCAGCGACUACUUGGAUCCAGCUGCUGCGCACUGUCAACUAGUAACACACAACGAAACACAGCAGAGAGGGGGAGGCGUAUUCGCUAGUUUCCUUGCCGAGGAAAGCAGGAUAAAGAGACUUUCAUCAUUAGAACAAAACUACAGAAACUACAUCUCUCUCAACGAGCGGGAGACAAGUGCGCACGCCAACCCUAGGGAGCCAUACGUCCUGGGCUAUCCUGAACUGCAGGAGACCCGUGUGGACACCGUGUUCAGCCCCGAGUUUCUUGGGAACCACUUUAAAACCGGUGAAAGAGACGAUCUUCAAGAGGACCAAAGAAUGGACAACAACGGUUCGUCUGGCUACGACAUGAGGUAUCUUCAUUACCAGUCGACUCCAAGUGGCAGCCUUGGUAACAUUUCCACUGCGUCCUCGUCUUCCUCAAGUCCACCCGGCACACCUGCCACGCCAGGUAAAGGCAGGUCGCCUUUGCAGGGCGGGAAAAUGUCAUCUGGUGGCAAGGGGAAGAAGCGACUGGAAAAGGACAGUGAGGAAUAUAAGCAGAGGCGGGAGAGAAACAACCUUGCCGUUAGAAAGAGCAGGGAUAAAGCCAAAAUACGCAAUAUGGAGACGCAACACAAAGUGCUGGAACUGGCCGCAGAGAAUGACCGUUUACAAAAACGCGUGGAGCAGCUGUCAAGAGAGCUUGCCACUCUGCGUAACUUGCUCUCUGCCACCGGUCAGUGUUAGCUACAGAAUGCCAAC